AUGAGUGAGCUAAAAAAACGAAAGCUAUGUAGAGCGGCGAGUCCGACGAGCAAGUUUUACGGCGACUCAGAGCAAGAGUCACUCCAAUCAGUCUCUACGGCCAAAAGCAAGAAUCCUUUGCCUCCAUCAAUCUCUCGCCGGAACAUCGACACAUACUCGCCGCCGCCGGCGGAGCUCGAGAUGGUCUUUGCGGCGGUAGAAAAGCACAACCAUAAACAAUUCCUCGAAAAUGGACGGCGGCGAUGGAGAAGGAGGAGGUGGCGUGGUCGGCGCAGUAGGGGCGCUUGCUGUGGGAGCCGUCGUGCGGUCUUGUGGAUGAAUCAGAGGAGUCUAGGGCGAGACCAGUUGAUGAGUUUGAUGGCGCACGAUUCUAUGGUGUCAAGGGAGUCCAAUGAGCACGCCGUGGGCAAGAAGCUCCGCCAUCAACCGCUGCACUUACCUGAUUCAGGGUCAUCGCCGUCCUUGAAAUGA